AGCCAGAGGCUCACUGCCUCUCUGUCUGCGCCGUCAAAGGGACUCUUGAACGUCUUUUCCGACCUUUCAUUGGCUUGAGCUGCUCAGCAGAUUUCUGUGUCAAGGUCCUCAUCUGUCCAUCGGCACCUUCAAAAACCACCUGGAUAACCCUCUAAAGAGGCCUUCCAACCUUUUGGAAUCCAAAAGAUUCACCCUUGAGGACGCAAAUUUGAACUUUGAGGAUUUCCAGGCGUCACUGGACACUAAGUGCCUGCCACGGACCCCUGGGUUCUCCGUUGCUAUGGCUACCAAUAGGGAACAGCAGGUGGGUCACAUGACCAGCUUCCCACCUGCUGUCUACCCCUUUCCCUUCAACUCCAUGAGAAGCCACUCCCCCUUUGACCUGCUGGCCAACAGCAGCCUGUUUGGGAGAUUUGGGGCUGACCUGCCCAAAGAGAUGGCAGCUCUCUCGGUGGAGACCCAGAGUACCAGCUCAGAGGAGAUGGUACCCAGCUCUCCGUCUCCACCUCCUCCACCUCGUGUCUACAAACCCUGCUUUGUGUGUCAGGACAAGUCCUCGGGGUACCACUAUGGGGUUAGCUCCUGUGAGGGCUGCAAGGGUUUCUUCCGUCGCAGUAUCCAGAAAAACAUGGUGUACACUUGCCAUAGAGACAAGAACUGUCAGAUUAACAAAGUCACACGCAACCGCUGUCAGUACUGCAGGCUGCAGAAGUGCUUCGAGGUCGGCAUGUCCAAGGAAGCAGUACGUAACGAUAGAAACAAAAAGAAGAAGGAUGUCAAGGAGGAGAUGGUGCUUCCCGAGAGCUAUGAGCUUAGUGGAGAGCUCGAGGAGUUGGUCAACAAAGUCAGCAAAGCUCACCAGGAAACCUUCCCAUCACUUUGCCAACUUGGAAAAUACACAACUAACUCCAGCUCAGACCACCGUGUUCAGCUGGAUCUGGGACUUUGGGACAAGUUCAGCGAGCUCUCCACCAAAUGCAUCAUUAAGAUUGUGGAAUUUGCCAAGCGGCUCCCAGGUUUCACCACCCUCACCAUCGCUGACCAAAUCACCUUACUCAAGUCAGCCUGCCUGGACAUUCUGAUGUUAAGAAUUUGCACACGCUACACCCCAGAACAGGAUACCAUGACCUUUUCUGAUGGCCUGACCCUGAACAGAACUCAGAUGCACAAUGCAGGCUUUGGACCGCUUACAGACCUGGUGUUUGCCUUUGCCGGCCAGCUUCUCCCCUUGGAGAUGGAUGAUACAGAAACGGGUCUCCUCAGUGCCAUCUGUCUAAUCUGUGGAGAUCGCAUGGACCUGGAAGAGCCAGAGAAAGUGGAUAAGCUUCAAGAGCCUCUACUUGAAGCUCUUAAGAUCUAUGCCCGGCGGCGCCGCCCCAACAAACCCCACAUGUUUCCCCGGAUGCUGAUGAAGAUCACAGACCUCAGAGGCAUCAGUACUAAAGGUGCAGAGAGAGCAAUCACUCUGAAGAUGGAGAUCCCAGGGCCAAUGCCUCCUUUGAUAAGAGAGAUGCUUGAGAACCCAGAGGCCUUCGAAGACCAAACAGAGUACAACGAGAGCCAGACGCCCCCUCCACCACCUGAACCCCCAGCAGCACCAACACUGGUUGUCAAGCAGGAGGUCGAGGACGAAGAUGACAACUGGGGCACAGAGAAUUUCAGCGAACCAUCUCCAGAAGAGGAGGAUGAAGACGAUGAAGACGACGUGGGAGAUGAAGACAGGGACAGGGGCUCGGACAGUGACGGGGAGCCCUGGGGAGUUUUGGAUAACUUGGAUGGGUCGAGGAAAGGCUUUGUUGGCAGAGCGCAGUGAACAGAGCAUUUCAUGCACAUACUUAUGAACAGGUUCAACACACAUACAGACAUGCAGUCAUACAUCAACCCCCCCUCCCCCUACACACACCUUUAAAACAAAAAUACUGGCCUUCACUUCCUCUCUCUGUUCUCCUUACUGCACAUCACCGUGUUCUCUUCUGCAGAGAGCAGCACAGCCUUAAAUCUACAGACACCUUUAACUCAGGCCACAUGCUCCAGGACUAGUGAAAAGCAGGCAUAGCCAUGAGGGGAGCUGACAUGAAAGUACUUAACUUCUCCACUGGUGGUGUUUCUUUUUAAUAAAGUUGGGGAAAUUGUCCAAACAGACACCAGAGAUAAGCAGUUGACUCCAGACCCUACAGUUAUCACAUUACAACAAAAACACAGGGCAAAACCAAAUUGAGUAUGCUAAUCUUUUGUUUUUGUGCUUAUUGUUUUUGAAUAAUGUUUUUGUUCUGUUUUUUACGUUUAUGAAUAAGCCCAUACAUAUCUAUAUACAAUUAUAUUGUCUUUUAUGUGUUAUUGUGGUUCAUAUAUGAGUUCUUUAGUUUGUCUUUGAGGAAUUUUCCUGAAGAGAUAUUCAGAGAGAAAGAAGGGUAAAUACAUCUGGCUUGGUCUUCCUUAUCAUCUCCAUACAUUUAGUUUGGGGCUUCUCUGAGCACUUCGGCUCACUGUGGAUGUCGAUGAUAAUCAACCUAUAGGACACUUGUGUUGGCUCCAUCAGCCAUCAACUAGUAUUUUUUUCUGCUUUGUUGUUGCUGCAACACCUAACAUACGCUGUCAGCACAGGAAGAACCUUUGUGCCAAAGUUAGGAAAUUAAAACAAUUUUUUAGCUUAAGUUUAACUUCCGUCAGGGACUAAAGCUACAGUCAGGAAUCAUCAGUCUCAAGCACAGUGUGAGCUUACUGUGAACACAUUCAUUCUGCUCCUCAGUCAUAGCACAUGGCUGACAUGUUUGUACCAGGUUUUAAAGUCAGGUAAUUAAAAAAAAAAUGAAAACAACUUUUUUUAAAGCUAAACGUUGUCAGUUUUUGUUAAUCAAAAGCAAAGAGUUGCUAGCAUGUUUUCAACCCCCUUUUUUCCAGAAACACCAAUGUUUCAUUUGUGUACAGGUCUGGAUUUGGCAACCCUUUACUUUGUAGUCAGUGGCUCUGUUUUUUUUCAUUCGUCAAGUCUUGGCUGAGCAGUAACAUUUGGAUCUGUGUUCUGGCAUUUGCCGUAUAGUAUCCAGAAGAGUUCAGGGUCAACUGCCAAGUCCUGUGGCAACUAAAUAAGCGCAAGUAUUUGCUCUCCUUAGACAGUGCUGCAUAGCUGGUCUGGUGUUAAGACUGAUUUGCUGUUUGUUUUUUUGCCAGACAUGUGCUUUGCACCUUUAUCAAACAUUUAUCCCUCUGCUGUUCAAGGGACAUUGUUCCAAAAGUGUUUUUAUUCAGAGUUAUGUCUCUCAAAUAUGCAGUCCUCUGCAGGGGAGAUGAUGUGCUGAUUUAAUCACUUUUUUUAAGUGAAUAUGCUAGCCACGGCCAUUUAAGUCUGAGGUGCAGCUCCUUAAGGUUUCUUGUUUAUCUGGAGUCAAUCCUGUUCUGAGUUGAGAGGGGUCCAUCUGUCUUUCUGAGAGGAUUGACAACUGUUAUAAACCUGUUAUCUGACCUGACAAAGGUUUUAAGUUUAAUUAUGAUAUUCAUACUUAUCAGUUAAUCAAUUGUAUUUGGUUGUUCCACUUCCUGGUUGCUUGUUAACAUCCAGAAAUCCAGUGAAAGUGUUAAGGCAGAGCUUAGUUUUUCAAAUUCUGACCUAUUUUGUGCUAAAUGAAAAAUUUUGUAAAAUAAUGUGCCUGUCAUCUGAUUAAAAAAAAUCCUUUAAGACCUGGUACAAAACAAUGUUUAUGCACUUUCCCUUUAGAUAAGUUUAGACUGUACAGAUAUGUAGCCCAGUUCUUUUAAAUGAGGUGCAUCAUCUUCCUUUAAGAUUUGAGCCACAACCUGUGAGCAGAUGAUCCUGUUAGUGUGCCAUAGCCGAUUGCAGCAUCGGCAUAAUCAAUAUAAUCAAACGCAGAGCACUCCCCCGUGAUGUCUGUAAAUAGUACAGCUAGCAACACAAGGCACAAGCUCCUCAUGAUGUAGCAUCACAUGCAUUAACACAGUGACUAAAGGCAUAUGCGAGGCGAAAGCAGGAAUUCUUACGGAAUACAUUUUGGAAUCGGACUCAGGGCUUUUCAGUAAGGACCAAACCCUAGCUGCUUUUUUGGGCAUGCUAGAAACAGGCAAUAUUUGUGCGUGUAUUCCUGAUUUUGUGUGGAUUGUCAAACCCAACUGUUUGUAUAUUAAAGACGCCAAGUCUAAAAAACCUCAUGGGUGCCAGUCUUGUCUCCGGAACGGGGAGGAUUGACCACCAUCACCUCCCCUGCACUCAUGCCAGCAUCCAUACAGCAGACCCCCUUCUCCUCUUUAAAGCCAUUAUGUCCUCUUGUCUUCUUGUGUAUAGUUUGAGAAAGAAAAGAGGGUGGUGUAUUCUCACGCAUCUCUUUGUUGUUGCCAAAAUGUUGCAGUGAUCAGUACGCUGCGAAACGGCAGCUGAGAAACAUACAGACGUUUUUCUGUCUUUGAAGCAAUAUGACCAUUCUCUUUGUUAUAGUGAGUCUUGUCAUCUGAAUAAGGGCAGGGCUCCUCAUUUUUGUUGUACUUUGAUGAGUGCAUGUGUGUGUGUCUAAAAUUUUUAUCAUUGUUUUCCAGUUAUGGGGUGGAUGUCCUGAAAACGGUGCUGUCACACUUGUGAUGACCUCCUCAUUUUCUCUGUUGCGCCAUGUUGUUAGUGGUGGUGAUACUGCCAGAACAUUGAGAUUAUGUUGUUGCAUUUUUUUUUUUAACUGACGUGGCCAACAUGUUGCCGACCCUCUGUUUAUGUCAACUCUUGUCAUACAAAGAAAAGCCAUAUAAACAGUAAGAGGCACAAUAAACUACUUUUGUGAGAUAACUGGA